AUGGCAAAUCCCGAGGUUGUAAUCAGUAGCUGCAGCUCUCAAGAAGAGGAAAAUCACUGCACUUUUAACCAGCAUACAUCGCCCUCUGAGGAGCUUCUGUUAGAAGACCAGAUGAGGCGAAAACUCAAAUUUUUUUUCAUGAAUCCUUGUGAGAAGUUCUGGGCUCGUGGUAGAAAACCAUGGAAGCUUGGCAUACAAAUUCUAAAAAUUGCGAUGGUGACUAUACAGCUGGUUUUUUUUGGGCUGAGUAACCAGAUGGUUGUAGCUUUCAAGGAAGACAACACUAUAGCAUUCAAACACCUCUUCUUAAAAGGAUAUGUGGACCGAAUGGAUGACACUUACGCAGUCUACACGCAAAGUGAUGUGUAUGAUCAGAUCAUCUUUGCAGUCAACCAGUACUUGCAGCUGCGCAGUAUCUCGGUGGGGAAUCAUGCAUAUGAGAACAAGGGUACCGAGCAGUCUGCUAUGGCGAUCUGUCAGCACUUCUACAAGCAAGGGAACAUCUGUCCUGGAAAUGAUACCUUUGACAUUGAUCCAGAAAUGGAGACUGAAUGUUUCUUUGUAGAGCCCGAUGAACCUUUUCACAUUGGAACACUGGAAGAAAAUAAACUCAACUUAACACUGGACUUUCACAGACUCCUAACAGUGGAGCUGCAGUUUAAACUGAAGGCCAUUAAUCUGCAGACCAUUCGUCAUCACGAGCUCCCUGACUGUUACGACUUUACUCUGACUAUAACAUUUGACAAUAAGGCCCACAGUGGAAGGAUUAAGAUAAGCUUAGAUAACGACAUUUCCAUCAGAGAAUGUAAAGACUGGCACGUAUCAGGAUCAAUUCAGAAGAACACUCACUACAUGAUGAUCUUUGAUGCCUUUGUUAUUCUGAUAUGCUUGGCUUCCUUAAUCCUGUGCCUCCGAUCUGUGAUUACAGGACUUCAGCUUCAGCAGGAAUUUGUCAAUUUUUUCCUCCUCCAUUACAAGAAGGAAGUUUCUGUUUCUGAUCAAAUGGAAUUCGUCAAUGGAUGGUACAUCAUGAUUAUUAUUAGUGACAUAUUGACAAUUAUUGGAUCAAUUCUGAAAAUGGAAAUCCAAGCUAAGAGUCUAACAAGUUAUGAUGUCUGUAGCAUACUUCUUGGGACUUCCACCAUGCUCGUGUGGCUCGGAGUCGUUCGAUACCUCGGUUUCUUUCAGAAGUACAACCUCCUUAUUCUGACCCUUCAGGCAGCGCUGCCCAAUGUCAUCAGGUUCUGUUGCUGUGCCGCAAUGAUUUAUUUAGGCUAUUGCUUCUGUGGAUGGAUUGUGCUGGGGCCUUACCAUGAUAAGUUCCGUUCUCUGAACAUGGUCUCCGAGUGCCUUUUCUCUCUGAUAAAUGGAGAUGAUAUGUUUGCCACAUUUGCAAAAAUGCAACAAAAAAGUUAUUUGGUCUGGUUGUUUAGCAGAAUUUACCUCUACUCAUUCAUCAGUCUCUUUAUAUAUAUGAUUUUAAGUCUUUUCAUUGCACUGAUCACUGAUACAUAUGAAACAAUUAAGCAUUACCAACAAGAUGGCUUCCCAGAGACUGAACUUCGUACAUUUAUAGCAGAAUGCAAAGAUCUACCCAAUUCUGGAAAAUACAGAUUAGAAGACGACCCUCCAGGUUCUAUAUUCUGCUGUUGUAAAAAGUAG